AUAUGGGCCGGCUCGAGAUUGCGCCCGAGGGCAAAUUCGACGGCGGCCUGCGGCUGUGGCGGCCUGGCCAGCCGGCGCAGCUUUUGGACGGACCGCCGCCGUGGACGUGCGAGUACGAGCUCGGCGAUGCGCUUCGAUUGGCCGACGCCACGUCGGACGAGGUCGAGUGGGUCGUCAGCGAGACCCUUGCCACUGUCACCUUGCGACCAGGCGUCCAGCUACAGCUCUCGUACCGAGGGCCUUGGACUACUGCCGAGACUAUUCGUGCUGGCUACCUCCGCGUGCAGGUGGUGCCCCGCCAGGGUACGUCAGGCCGCCUCGUCGCAACGUUGACGCCGGGUGGUGGCGCGGUCUCGGCGCUUCUGCCUCUUGGCACCGCGCUCUCGUUCCCGACGACAGACCGCGCGCUGGCAGCAGGAAGCCUUCGUUUUGAGCUGUUGGCCGAAGGUAGCAGCCGCAGUCUUGGCACAGCACGACUCGCCUCAUUGCAGCUCGGAGUCGCAGUGAUGUGUGAGCUCAAAGAGCACCCGGCGCAGCGGGCGGUGCGCCACCAAUUUGAGGUGACUCUACUUUUCGAGCCCUUCCAGCGCAGCCCAAUGUCUGCAUUUCGCCACUUGUUUAUCGUCGAAGCGCGAAAUUUGGUGGCUCCCGAGCGGAAUCUCUUGGCCCGCGUCUCGCUGCCGCCCCCCGCGACGACGAUCGAGUCACCGCUCGCCCUCUCCAACUCUGGCGCCGAGUGGGCGUGGCACUGGACGGUGCCGGUGCCCGAGAUACCGGCGCUGUCGACGCUACCGCUGACCAUUCUGGACGCGACAUCCAACGAUGCAACGGUCGGAACGUGCGAGGUUGCGCUCUCGGAGACGCCUGCGUGGGUGCCGCUGGCGCCGCGGGGCGAGCUCCUCGUCGUGGCUGCCCGAGAAGCUGACUUGGCGACCGUUCGGCUGACGCGCCUCUGCAACCUCCCGACGUCGACCAAGACUUUUGAGCUCCGUUGUGGCGGUGACGUCGUGUUGUCGACACGGCCUCUCACCGCCCACUGCUCGUCUGCGUUGUCGUGCGUCGACUGCGACGUUGAGCUCUCUGUUCGUCUCGAGGAGCCGAUUCUGAGCCUCACGCUUCUCCUGGACAACGAGGUGCGUCUUUCCCGCGACGUCUGCGCAACUUCCUCCACCGCCUUUAUCGUCGCCUUGUCCUCGACGAUCCGCGUCGGCUUUGGCGCCGACGUACGCGACUACGAGCCUUCGCCGCGUCGCGUGUGGCUCUCCCUCGUCGCGCCACUCGAUGUCCCAGUGGUCUUGACUUGGGAGGGUCGCAAACACGCGUUGUCGCCCGAAGCGCAACUACAGCUGGCUGUCGACGACUGCCGCACCGCCGUGUUUGUCCUCGAGGCUGCCGAUGCCUCUCGCGGGUACAUUUUCGGCGACAUGCUCACAGAUGGCUCAGUGGCGAUGCCGUGGCAAGGACCGGUGCCACUUGUCUUGAGCGGCUCGGUUCGGCACGAGGUGGUUUGCCGCAUAGCGUCACAGCCGUGCGCCGACGAAACACAAGAGGAGCUGUUCAGCGACGUAACAAGCCCUGUGCAGUAUGUCCCUGGACCCGGCACUCUCUAUCUCCAGCUCACGUCGUCAGUGGUGGCGACGAUGCGCAUUUCGACGAGCAACUGGUCGGCGACGCAUGUGCCGCCGUCGUCCAGCGUUAUGGCCGUGCCUCUGCACUGGAGUCCGGACCAAAGGCGAUGCCCGAACCUCGAAAUUCACGUCACCGACGCACCGUCGAUGUGCAUCAACCUCGCGGCGUGGCUACUGCAGCCGCGAGAAUGGUCCUUCUCAUCGCUUCCCAUCAAAGACACGGUGCUGGCGCUGGUCUUUCUCCCUGGACCUUCGAUGCCCGUGACGCGUCUACCGCCACAAACAAGCGAAAUAACGACGAUGAGUGUUUCCAUCGACAACUUGUCGCUCGACCAAGUGCCCGCGAGCAUCGCCAGCGUUCAGCUCCUCGUGCUGCUGCAGACAAAGACCGUCUCGUCGGCCACAUGUCCCGUUGUCGGAGGACGUGCGAACAUCGACGCGCCGUUACUGCUCGACGCAGUGAGUCUCUCGACGCCGGGCUGCAACCCACUGCUUACGUUUACUGUCCUGCAUGGCGAGACUCAGACCACACUCGCCACAGCGGUGACGCCGCUCUUUCCGUACAUCACAGACAAGGGCCACGUAGCAAUGCUGGCGCUGCCUGCUUUGGCGGCGACCGGUGACCGCGUCUGCGUUGUCAACGUGCACCUGCACGCGGUACGCAAGCUCGUGAGAGAAGCCUCUGACGACACGGGCCUCCUCUUGACCUUUCACGACGUCAAGGGCUCACCCCAGUGGUACCAAACGAAUGUGUUUCUCUGCGCGCUUGGCGACGCGAUCGAGACGACGACUACAUCGGCGACCAAGACGGAGCCGAGUGUUCUGCUGCCACACAAUGAGGGGUUUGUGCGCAUCGACAUGUACCAAGGCGUCGUCGUCGGCAGCGGGUCGGUCAAGGCCGUGCCGAAUAAAUCACGGCAGUGGACGUCCUUCGGGAACCAUCAAGUGCUUAUAUCGCUCUUGCCCGCAGCUGCACCGGCGCCGGUGGUCGGCAAACUCUACUUGGAGCCUUUGGAAGCCAAAGUGGCUUUCUCGUGGAAGAGCCCUUACCUUCGGCUACGGGCGGGCGACCUCGACGUGUACAAGUCGAGCGUGUACAAACUCAGCGACGGGGCACCGAAAUGGACCGACCACGUCGUGCUCAGCGUCCCGACACUGCCGCUCUCGGUCUCAUGCGGUCUCUUCUCGAGAGGUGCGUCGCUGGGGCAGACCAACGGCAGCGCUUCGCUCCUCGCUCCCGUCAUUGUUUCCGACGCCAAUUUUCAGCUGGACGAUUGGCUCGCGCUUGAGCAAGAGGCCGGCCACGUGCAUAUUCAGGGAACGUUCUUGCCAAAGCUGCGUGGCGACGUCCAACUCGUCGUGACCAAGCUCGUCCUUUCCAGCGCAGUGACAACGUCGGGCUUGCCGACGACGAUCACGGCGUCGGUGCCACCGUCGUUGGCGUCGUCGUCGACGCUACCGCUGCACCACCAGCUCCCAUCUGUCCCGAGCGCGCCCGUUGUGUUCUCCGUGACCAACGCGCAAGCCAGCUCCAAGGUGCCAAGCUUAUCGCUCGUGGUGCAGCAAGGACCUGUGGUGAUUGCGACCGCAUCGCUACCCCUCCUCGAGGUCUGGCGCCGACCGAUACCGAGUCGCUGGUACCCCCUCCUCGACCGCAUCUCGAAAGACGAAGUUGGUGCGGUUCGGGUCGACCUGGCCUUUACACCGGCCAUUGGAGUCGCGUCGGAAGCGUCGUUCAACUCGACCACGCUCGGGCAGUGGAAGAAGCUGUUCUAUCAGAUCGACAGCGACCACAGCGGUAGCAUUUCGCUGCGAGAGCUUGGCGCGGCGCUCCAGGGCAACGUCGCUCUGCAGACGCUGCUGCUGCCGGCAACCGACUCGCGGUCCGUAGAGGCUCAAAUUACGACCCUCUUCCAGCACCUGGAUAGCAACAGCGACGGCGAAGUGACGUUUGACGAGUAUGUUGCCGGCAUGCAAGCGCACCAGCGGGCAACCACCUCUGUAACCUUCCGUUCAAGUGCGGUCACCUCUGUCGACCUCAUCGAUGCACAGCGCAUCGAGGCGCUGGGGGCCCAAGUCGAGCAGCUCACGGCUGCCCUCGCCCAGAAAGAGUGCGACACCCAAGCCAGUCGCUCCUCCGAGAGGUCCAUCGAGACGCCCGAGGUCGACGUUACGCCGCCGCCGUCCGCGCGACCUGUCUACGCCAAGCACACGGAGUGGCGCACGACGCAGCUCAGCCUCGAGUACGACACGUCGCCCGAGACGCUCAAGGAGCAGAACCGGCAGUUGCGUGCCCAGCUGCACGACGCCGAGGCCGCACGGCGACUCGCGGUGGCCAAGCACGUGCAAGAAAACGAAAAGGUCAAGCGACGCGUCCAGAACGACCGCGCGCUCGCUCACCAUCAUUUGUUGCACCGGACACCACCGAGAGAGCUGCACGACGAUGUGGUCGUCGAAGGCAAGCUGGCGAUGCUGACCGAAGAAGUGCAGCGCCUCCGCGACGUCAACGCGCAUCUGCUACGCAUGCAGCUACAAAACGCACCGAGGUCGAGGGAAGAUGGCGACGCUUGCGGACCUCCGGAGAACGCAGACCCAGAGCUCCUCGGGCGAUCGACGGAGCUGCAUGCGUUGCGCCAAGUUCACCAGCAGCUCCAGUCGGACCACGCCGAUGUCGCAGACCGUUGUCAAAAGCUCGAAGCCGACUUGGGCGCAGCUCAGCGGCUGCUCGGUGCGCAAACAGAGCGCUGUCAGUCCUUGCAGCAGCAGCUGCAUCAAGCUACCCUUGCGCUGCAGCAGAGCCAGCAAACGAGACAAGCGCAGACGACCCGGUCUACGGUCGUUCAAUCGGCGCUCGCACUCGAGCUCGAUCGUCAAGCGCGGCUGCAGACCCAGCGACAAGCCGCGCGGGUGGCGCAGACGACCGCGUCGAUCUUGCUCCAGUCGAAAGUGCGCAUGCGCUUGCAGCAAAAGCGGUACCAAGCUGCCAAGAUGCAGCGGGCCGCGGCGGUGGUCCUCUUGCAGUCAAGGGUGCGUGGCAGGUUCGCGCGCCUACGGUUCCGCGCGAGCCUUCGAGUCCAUCGUGCAGCCGUGUGUAUUCAAUCCAACGUUCGCCGGUUCGUGUGCCGGUCCAAGUUCGUGCAUUUGCAAGCCGGGCGCUGGACGGCAGCGCGGCUGCUUCAAGCGCACGUUCGGCGGUGGCAGGUGCAGUCGCAUUUGCGUCAUAUCCGAAUUGCACUCGUGCUCGUACAGGCGUCUGUCCGGCGGUGGCGGGCACAGCGUUGUCGACACCAGCUGCGAACCGCGCGCACACAGUUGCUGCACGUGCUGUGGCGCCACGUGCUGCGCGGACGGGCAAAGAAGGCUCAGGUCGCUGCAACACGCCUCCAGCGGGCCUGGCGCCGUCACUUGGUCCGUCUGGACGCGGCGGUUUUGAUCCAGCGCCACGCCCGAGGUCACGUGACCCGACGCAAGCUCGUGCGCGAGCGGACGCUGGGUGCGUGGCUGCGUAUGUUUGUGUUGCGACGUCGCUUCUGGCGCGCCCGUGACGCGUCCACAAAGAUCCAAGGGCGGUGGCGGCAGUGGCAUAUUUUCUUGGCCGAGACCGAGGCCGCCAUCGCUGUUCAAAGCGUGUACCGAUCGCACCGCUCUCGUCGCAGCGUUCGAAAGAGCCAAGCAGCUGCGACAGCGAUUCAGCUCGUCUGGCGGCGGCGUCAGCAGACGGCCACGAACGCAACGACGUCGACAAUGAUGGAUGCACCGACACUCGAAGCGACCGACAUGGUGGAGCCCGACAUCGAGUUUGGCUCGGAUGGUGACAUGGCAUUGCCACCAGCAGACAAUGCAGACGACGACGCACUGGAGUCGCCCGAGGUGGCGGCGCUGUCGUUCAUCAGCAUCCAAGAGAGUAGCAGUGCCCCUCCACCUUGCCAACCUGAGGCGUCCGACACGCUGCCGCUGGUAACUGACGGUACGGAGAUGGGUGCGCAAGACCCCGUGGAAGCCGCCUUCACGACGCACGAUGAGGACGUGUUUGGCGCGGACGGCGAUAUGGCGUUACCGCCGGACGACGAAGUCGUCGAGAGUGUUUGGACGUCUACAGCCUCCAUUGAUGACAUUGGCACCACGUUGGCCGUCGCGGCAGAGACGCCAGCGCUGUCCUCUUCGACGCCGAAUGCGCAUCUCGGCUCUGUCCAAGAAUCGUCGUGGACCGUAAGCGACUUGCACGAUGUUGUUGCGGAGUCUACCGACGGCGGCCGGGCUGUCAAAGAUGGCGAGGUCGAAGCCGCAGAGGCCGCAACACGUGAAGAUGAGGGAGACACCGAUGAAGAAAGAAAUGAAGCCAGCGAAGAAGAGGACGAGAGCGAAGACGAAGGUGACGGCGAAGAAGACGAGGAGGAAGAAGAAGGCGACGAAGAAACAGACGCUGACGAAGAGGAAGGAGAUGACGAAGAGGAAGAAACAGAUGCUGACGAAGAGGAAGAGGAAGAAGGCGACGAAGAGGAAGAGCAAGAGGAUGGGGAUGACGAAGCGUCUGGUGGCAAAGCCGAAGAUUCUCCCUUCGACACGGCCGUCGCCAAGCCUUUUGCAAGAGCAGACGACGACGCCGUGCCACACGAGGCCUCAGCAACGCCACGAGAAGCAAUGCUCUUCCGAGAGUGA